CAACACUGGCCUAGUGAAAUGUUGGCUAUAGCAAAAUGGCCGACAGUAAACUAAGCGAGCAUUCAGCGUCUGUCAGCCGCCCGGGGCUCGUCUCUCUUCUGUCCACAGCCUGAAAAGCACGGCGGAGGGCGAAAGGACUACCGACUGUCAACAACCGAGUCACCUUUAACGUGUCAUUUAUUCUCCAAGUCAGCCUUGAAAGCCUGGAGGAAGGAGCUCGCUAAGCUAGCUUGCAUCGCUAGCCGAAGCCCUUUUUUUUCUUCCUCUUCUUUUUCUUCUUGUUUUUUUUUUUUUUGUUUGUUUUUUUGCACACACGCACUUUAUUUCCCAUGUGAUUCCCGAGACAGGAGAAUCAGGAAAGGGAACAGCCGUUAAUGGAAGACAAAAAAAAGAAGAAAGACGAUAAAAAGAAAAAGGAAACCUCUCAGAAGGUGCCUGAGCAGAAAAUCAACGUGCCAGAAUCAGCCAAGCCCUCGGGUUCACAGCAACUCGCCACCCCAGCCUCAGUCUCCCCCAACCCUGGCCCCAGUGCCCCAUCAUCCCCUGGUCCUGGUGCCACAGGGCUUUCUGCACCAGUUCCUCCUGGUGGCGGGAACAAUGCAAAGCAGCGUACUGCUGUGGCCAACGGACAGCCCUCCUCCCCUUCUGGUAACCAAACCUCCCAGCAGCAGCGAUACAUGUCCCGAGAGGUCCCACCAAGAUUUCGCUGCCAGCAGGACCAUAAAGUGCUACUGAAGAGGGGGCAGCCACCACUGUCCUCCAUGCUUCUUGGGGGUGGCAGAGGAGACGAUAGCACUAGUGGGAAUGGGGUUGGGAGUGGCUGGGGAGCCACACCAACUCUUUCUGCCCAAGACGCAGAAAACUCCAAUGCAGACACAGGGCUGGGUACACCCUCUCCUUCACCAACCAACACUUCAUCCUCAUCAUGUGUGACUGCUCUGUCGUCUUCAUUUACUACCACUUCAGCUUAUGCAAAUUCCACAUGGGGGGCAGGAUCCGUCAGCCUGUCCUCCUCUCAGGGUUGUGACAAGAUUAUUGUGGAUAGGACUGAUCUGGACAACUGGCCUAGCAUCCUAGGCUCAGCCAAAUUGAGUUCUGAUGGGUCCGGAGGAGGGACGCAGGAGCAAGACUGCCCUGGUAACAAAAACAGUAGUGCCUCUUGUAGUGAAAGAAACAUCCAGCAGAGAGGGGGAGCAGUUGAAGGAGGAGCAGGGAAAGUGGACAAUCCCUCCCCACCUUGUUCUUCUCUUCCUUCCUCCAUUUCAUCACAAAAAGAAUGUGUUCAGACAGGAGGUGGUAUAUGGAGCUCUUCCACCUCCUCUCGGGUGGAGGCAGGGUAUGGAUCGGCAGCAUUUUAUAAUUCCAAAGUCUCCAAUCUGCUUCCCGGGCCUCAACAGAGUCCUGUGGAUAACAACAGCAGUCUCCCUGGUGCCAUUUUAAACCCCAAUGUGAACCCCUCUGCAUGGCCAGCACUUGUACAGGAGGACACAUCAACUUCAACAACUUACAGCCUUCCUUUACACUCGUCCUCAUUUCCUGACAGCACCACCUCUCCCUCCCUUGAGCUCACAAAGACAGGAGAAGUGGAGAUGCCUACAGAACUGCAGAAGCCCUUGGAAAACCCAACGUUAGAGCUAAGUUCAGGUGGAGGAGCACUUGAAGCAGAACCAGGACCAAAAAAAGAAAGUGUGGACGAAAGGGUUUCUAAGUCUGACAUCAAUGGAGAAGAGAAUGGGAAUCAUUUUCGCUCUCUGUCUUCUUCCGAUGCCUCCUCUUCAUGGAGAUCUUUGCCCGCUGUGCCCUCUACGGGUGCCUCACAGGAAGAUCAAUGGGGAGGAAGGGAGACUCAAGCCCAGGGGCAGGAAGGGAAUCUUUGGGGCUUUGAUAACCAGGGUGACAAUACAGGGUGUGAAAGAAGAAAGGGUGACGUUGGCUCAAAUAUCCAAACGGUAUCUCAGGGAGUUUGGGAAGACAGAAGUUCAGAAACCGAGUGUGGCGACCUAGCAGAAUGUGUUAGUAACUUGGCAAUAGUGGGUGGAAAAGUAGAAGGUGGCAGCAACAGCGGUGGCAGUAGUAGUAGAGUCAGUGAAGGUGGCGGAGGCAGUGCUUCGUCAGACUCUGUGUCACCAAAGUUUGCAGCUAUGGAAAAUGCUUGGGACAAUCAGAAAGUGAUAGAUACUGGGGAUGCGGUAGAACAAGAAGAAAAAAGCUCUGUAGGCAAAGGACCAUCCUCCUCCAGUGGAGAUGGAAGUGAAAGUGGUGGAGAAGGGAGUGUUAGUGGCCCGGGCAAAAAGGAUGAAGUCAAGUCUGUGGUCCAACCCUCCCAACAGACCUCCAAUGCUGAAGUGGCCUUACUUGGCAUGCUCAAUCGAUCUGACCUGGAUCCUAGGGUUCUGUCCAACACGGGAUGGGGACAGACCCAGAUUCGACAGAAUGUGUCUUGGGAUUUGGACAAAACCCCAGUAGUGGGAAACAGAAAUGAAAAAACGUCAUCUUCCACAUUCACAUCAGGAUCAAUGAACACCAAUAAUCGCAGUUCUGGGUACAUGUCUAAUUCCAGGGUAAAUAGUAAUGAUCAGUCUGCCGGCAGCCACAUUGACAGCAUGAACGCUGGCCCUGCUUCAGCAAGAGAGUCAUGGGAUAGUGGUUCCUCACAAGUUAGCAGUACUUCUCCCAUGUCUGAUGGCGUCAUACCCAAACCAGGAAUGCCGGCUAUGGAGGGCAGUAAAGGAAAGGCUGCUCGUGGUUGGGGUGAUCUUCCACCUGAGAAUCCGAGCAAAGGAUGGUCUGACGAACACAGCUGGGGGGACCAUAAACGAGAGAACUGGAGAGAUAAUGCGGAACAUACCAGUGGGUGGACAGUUUCUCCAGAAGAUAAAGGGACAGUUGGAUGGAAAGGAGCCGAGAGAGCUAAGGUUGGUGGUUGGGAAGGAGACUGGGCCCAGAACGAUUGCAAACCUAGUGGUGGGCGGGGAGAUGGGCGGAACAGAAGCGCAAGCAGCUCUGAAAACAUAUCCACUUGGGGUAACCUGGAUGAAGGUGGAUCUCAACGGGGCGGAUGGGGAGACACAUCAAAGUCUCACCAGGACUGGGGGAGUUCCAAGCACACAGCAGCACAAACACCAAACAGCCAAGUGGCAACAAUGAAAACCCCAAAUCAGCAACAUCAAUCACAAGGGCACCACCCACCAGGAGGAACCACCCAGGGAGGCUGGGAAAGCCGGGCGAGUGUUGUAGCUGGGGGUCCACCAUCCAAGAAUCCGAACCAAAGUCCAGGCUGGAUCUCCGGCCCAAUACCACAGAUUUCUGGGGAUGACUCAAUCGAACCCAGUGGCUGGGAUGAGCCCUCCCCUCAGCCAAUCAGUCGCAAAAUGGAUAUUGACGAUGGAACUUCAGCCUGGGGAGAUCCUACCAACUACAGUGGAAAAAAUGUGAACUUGUGGGACAAAAAUACUGCUUCAGCCAGUGAAAGCCAGGGUCAGCAGGCCUCAAUACCAUCUAGCAUGUCCAUGCAGCAGCAGCCACCUCGACGACAACCGGGAUUUCAACACCGGGACGCGAACUCUGGAAACACAGCCGUUGCCUCAGGUCCUGGCAUGUGGGGAGGAGGCACGCAAUCUGCUGAUAAUGGCACGGUUGCGUGGGGCCAAUCAGAACCAGCUGCUGGUUGGGGUGAUGCAGAGGAUCCUGGCAAAAGGUCUGGCUGGGGGAACCUGUCCCCUGGUCCAAAUAAUCCAGGCACCAAGUCGAUGGAAACCUGGGGUGGAAAGGGAGAGGGCUCAAUGGCCGCCUCCCGUCAUCCAAGCUGGGAAGAGGAAGAUGAUGGAGGGCCUGGGGUCUGGAAUAACACUGCCGCCCAAGGAAGUGGUUCCUCCUUCAACUCCGGAGGCUGGAGUCAUGGAGGAAGGAGAAGCAACAUGAAGGGGGGGACUGGAGACAGCUGGAUGAACCCGAUGUCACGGCAGUUUUCAAACAUGGGUCUCCUGGGUGAUGACCCGAGCUUGGAUAAGAAGAUGGAUGCUGACAAGAGAGGGAUCAGCGACUACAACGGGGAGAUGAGGAGAGGCGGAAGAGGUGGCGGUUACCGUGUUCCUAAUUCCAAAGACAUGAGUCCUGUUGACAUGAGCGGCUACGGUGAAAAAAUGGGUGGCCAUGGAAUGUAUGUUGGCAGCGGUCUGCCUCGAGGGAUCCACCAGCCCAGCGUGCAUCCUAUGAACCCCUCUCAGGGGCUACGUGCUCAAGUGCCUCAUCCAUUCCUGUCUGCUCAGGUGCCGGGGCCAAUGCUGAAGCAGAUGCCGUCUCCUGGUGGCAGCGUAGUCGGAGGAGUGGGCGGACUCGGUUCCGUUGGAGGGGCUGCAGGUGUCGGUGGAAGCGUGUUCUCUCAGAUUUCCCCACAACAACUGGCAGUGCUGAGUAACCUCUACCCCCACGUGCAGCAGUUUCAUCUGGCUUGUCAGCUCUUGCUACAGCAGCAGCAGCAACAGCAGCUCCUGCAAAACCAGCGCAAGUUCCCUCAGCCACAGCCAAUAAGACAACAGCCAGACCCACAGCAGCUGGCAAGGAUCGUUGCUAUUCUGCAGCAGCAAAGACAUCAGCAUGGUGGAGCAGCUGUGGGGAGCUCCAAAUUGUCCCCCUCUCACCGUGGAGGAAGUCUGUCCAACCAACCCAUGGUCGACUCCUUCCCGCAUCCCGCCUCAGACCUUCACUCCAAAAUGCAAGGGAUAUACUCUGGGUUAGCCCCCGGCGGUAACAUGUCAGGAUUGGAACUGGGAAGUCCCAUGAUGGGGGGCAUGAAGGACAUGGGAGGACAGCAGUCGCGCUUCAAGUGGAUGAUGGAGGGGCAUUCCCCGGCUCCGUCUCCCCCGGACUCGAACCUUCUGAAGAACGGCUCCACAGACAACUGGCAGCGUACUCCUGGGAGUAAAAUGGGGAACAAAGCCUCCACAUCCAGUUGGCCACCAGAGUUCCACCCUGGGGUGCCCUGGAACGGAAUCCAGACUAGUGGAGAUCCAGAAUCUGAUCCCUACAUGACCCCCAGCAGUGUUCUUGGCUCCCCAGGACCCCCGACCCUCACUGAUUCGGACCAUCAGUUAUUACGAGACAACAUAGGGCCCAAUGCUGCCCUCAACACCUCGCUGCCUUCACCUGGUGCCUGGCCCUACAGUGCCUCAGACAGUCCACUCAGCAAAGCACACAGUACAGGAAAGUACUCCGAAUACAAGCCCAGUUGGCCCCCGGUGCCCAUCGGACAAAACAAGUCGUGGAAGGCCAAUCGCAACAGUUCACACCUGCCCCGCCCCCCUCCCGGCCUAACCAAUCAGAAACAGGGCACACCCUCUCCUUGGGGAAGUGUGGGCCCACGGAUAGCCCGGGGAUGGGGAGGGGCCGGUGUCAGUCAAGACUCCAGAUUUGGGCCAGGCACUUCUUGGAGCGAUGGGAUGGCAUCAAGAGCCAGUUCCUGGUUGCUGCUGAGUAACCUGACACCUCAGAUCGAUGGCUCCACCCUGAAGACUAUCUGCAUGCAGCAUGGUCCCCUGUUGACCUUUCACCUCGGCCUUACCCAGGGCAGCGCUCUGAUUCGCUACAGCAGUCGUCACGAGGCAGCCAAGGCCCAGGGUGCACUGCACAUGUGUGUACUCGGCAACACCACCAUCCUGGCAGAGUUCCUGAGCGAGGAAGAAGUGGCUCACUAUUUUGCACAUUGCCAGGCCGCGGGUACCGACGGGACCGGUACCGGAAAUGCGGCGACCCCCGGCUCGUCCGGGACCGGCGCCAUUAUGACCCAGAGCGGGGCCAGUUCUCCAAGAAGCGAAGGGGCAGCGGUGAGCGCCACCUCGGGCGGGGAGGCCGGCGCCGGAGUCGAAAGCGGACCAGGGGGUCCCGGCGGCUCCGGCUGGCAGAGCCUGGACGGUACCGGUAGCUGCUCGGAACCCCCCUCGGCCCAAGGACCCGGCCUGGGGAUUUUCUCCCAGUGGAGCACUAAUGGAGCGGGGGGAGGUGUCGGGGGGGCGGAGUCUGCCAGGUCAGGACUCUGGGGGGGCAUGACCCCGGGUUACCAUGGCAGCAGCCUGUGGGGGGCGCCACACAUGGAGGAAAGACAACAGAUGGACAGUCCUGCUGCUUUGUUGCCAGGUGACCUGCUGGGGGGAGGGGCCGAUUCCAUGUAGACCAUCUCACCUUGUAGGCGUGGACUCACUGAUACUGCACACACUUCACCUGUUCUAGUGCACUUCAUACACCUGCUCUAGUGCACUUCAUACACACAUCACCACCUGCUCUAGUGCACUUCAUACACACAUCACCUGCUCUAGUGCACUUCAUACACACCCUUCACCUGCUCUAGUACACUUCAUACACACUUCACCUGCUCUAGUGCACUACAUACACACAUCACCUGCUCUAGUGCACUUCAUACACACAUCACCUGCUCUAGUGCACUUCAUACACACAUCACCUGCUCUAGUGCACUUCAUACACACAUCGCAUGCUCUAGUACACCAUCAUGAUCCAUGACGUGGUCUAGUACACUUCAUACACACAUCACCUGCUCUAGUGCACUUCAUACACACAUCACCACCUGCUCUAGUACACUUCAUACACACAUCACCACCUUCUCUAGUACACUUCAUAAAUACAUCACCUGCUCUAGUACACUUUAUACACGCAUCACCACCUGCUCUAGUGCACUUCAUACACACAUCACCUGCUCUAGUACACUUCAUACACACAUCACCUGCUCUAGUGCACUUCAUACACACAUCGCAUGCUCUAGUACACCAUCAUGAUCCAUGACGUGGUCUAGUACACUUCAUACACACAUCACCUGCUCUAGUGCACUUCAUACACACAUCACCACCUGCUCUAGUACACUUCAUACACACAUCACCUGCUCUAGUACACUUUAUACACGCAUCACCACCUGCUCUAGUACACUUCAUACACACAUCACCUGCUCUAGUACACUUUAUACACGCAUCACCACCUGCUCUAGUACACUUCAUACACACAUCACCUGCUCUAGUACACUUUAUACACGCAUCACCACCUGCUCUAGUGCACUUCAUACACACAUUACCUGCUGUAGUACACCAACAUGAUCCAUCACCUGGUCUAGUACACAUCAUAGAUCCAUGACCUGGUCUAGUACACAUCAUAGAUCCAUGACCUGGUCUAGUACACCAACAUGAUCCAUGACCUGGUCUAGUACACCAACAUGAUCCAUGACCUGGUCUAGUACACAUCAUAGUUCCAUCACCUGGUCUAGUACACCAACAUGAUCCAUCACCUGGUCUAGUACUUAUCAUAGGUCCAUGACCUGGUCUAGUACACCUACAUGAUCCAUCACCUGGUCUAGUACACAUCAUAGAUCCAUGACCUGGUCUAGUAAACCAACAUGUUCCAUGACCUGGUCUAGUACACAUCAUAGAUCCAUGACCUGGUCUAGUACACCUCAUAGAUCCAUGACCUGGUCUAGUACACAUCAUAGUUCCAUCACCUGGUCUAGUACACCAACAUGAUCCAUGACCUGGUCUAGUACACAUCAUAGUUCCGUCACCUGGUCUAGUACACCAACAUGAUCCAUGACCUGGUCUAGUACUUAUCAUAGUUCCAUGACCUGGUCUAGUACACCAACAUGAUCCAUGACCUGGUCUAGUACACAUCAUAGUUCCGUCACCUGGUCUAGUACACCAACAUGAUCCAUCACCUGGUCUAGUACACAUCAUAGAUCCAUCACCUGGUCUAGUACUUAUCAUAGAUCCAUCACCUGGUCUAGUACACCUACAUGAUCCAUCACCUGGUCUAGUACUUAUCAUAGAUCCAUGACCUGGUCUAGUACACCAACAUGAUCCAUCACCUGGUCUAGUACUUAUCAUAGGUCCAUGACCUGGUCUAGUACACCUACAUGAUCCAUCACCUGGUCUAGUACACAUCAUAGAUCCAUGACCUGGUCUAGUAAACCAACAUGUUCCAUGACCUGGUCUAGUACACAUCAUAGUUCCGUCACCUGGUCUAGUACACCAACAUGAUCCAUGACCUGGUCUAGUACUUAUCAUAGUUCCAUGACCUGGUCUAGUACACCAACAUUAUCCAUCACCUGGUCUAGUACUUAUCAUAGAUCCAUGACCUGGUCUAGUACACCAACAUGAUCCAUCACCUGGUCUAGUACACAUCAUAGAUCCAUCACCUGGUCUAGUACACCAACAUGAUCCAUGACCUGGUCUAGUACACAUCAUAGAUCCAUGACCUGGUCUAGUACACCAACAUGAUCCAUGACCUGGUCUAGUACACCAACAUGAUCCAUGACCUGGUCUAGUACACCAACAUGAUCCAUGACCUGGUCU